AUGACCAUUGAGAAAAAGAGACCAAAUUUCUUGAUUAUUGUUGCUGAUGAUUUAGGAUUCACUGACUUGUCACCAUUUGGAGGUGAAAUUCACACACCCAACUUACACAAAUUAGCCACCGAAAAUGGUGUCAGGUUAACUGAUUUCCACACUGCUGCUGCUUGUUCACCUACUAGAUCGAUGUUGUUGAGUGGUACAGACAACCAUAUCGCAGGAUUAGGACAGAUGGCAGAGUUUGCUUCACGUCAAGGUGACACAUUUAAAAAUAAACCUGGUUACGAAGGGUACUUGAAUGAUAGGGUGGUUGCAUUACCCGAGAUCUUGCAAGAUCACGGCUACCAUACAUUUAUCUCAGGCAAGUGGCAUUUAGGUUUGAAGGAGCCUUACUGGCCCAUCAAGAGAGGAUUUAAGCGAUCAUGGACUUUGUUACCAGGAGCAGGUAACCAUUAUAAAUAUAUUACACGGGAUGAAACCGGAGAACAAGCGCCAUUCUUGCCCAACUACUACGUUUCCGAUCACAAGGAAUUGAACCCUGAAAAAGAUUUGCCUGAUGAUUUUUACUCAACAACCAACUUCACCAACAAGGCGAUUGAGUUUAUUGACGAAACGCCAGAAGACGAACCCUUUUUUGGGUUUGUCACUUAUACUGCUCCACAUUGGCCAUACCAAGCUCCACAAGAUAGAAUCGCCAAGUACAAAGGUGUUUACGACUCCGGUCCUGAAGAGUUGCGUAGAAAGAGAUUGGCCAAGGCUUUAGAGUUGGGCAUUAUCGAAAAAGAUAUCAAGCCGCAUCCAAUUACGACUAUACGUAAAGAUUGGAAAGAUUUGACUGAGGAGGAGAAAGCCGUGGAAACUAAAAUUGUUCAGACUUAUGCUGCCAUGGUUGAGAUUUUGGACGAGCAAAUUGGAAGAUUGAUUGACCAUUUGAACAAAAAGAAUGAGUUGGACAAUACAUUCAUCUUGUUUAUGUCCGACAAUGGAGCUGAAGGUAUGUUGAUGGAGGCGUUACCAUUAACAAACAAGAGAAUACAAUCGUUUGUUGAAAAGUACUACGAUAAUUCUCUCGAGAAUAUUGGAAACUACAACUCCUUCACUUUCUAUGGCGACCAGUGGGCUCAAGCAGCAACGGCGCCACAUUCAAUGUACAAAAUGUGGUCUACUGAAGGUGCGAUUGUAUGUCCCUUAAUCAUCCAUUAUCCACCGUUAUUGAAGAACCAAGAGGGCAGGAUCUUGAAAGAGUUCACCACAGUCAUGGAUAUCUUGCCUACCGUUUUAGAUCUUGCCAAAGUUCCACAUCCAGGAUCUACAUAUAGAGGAAGACAAGUUGCCCUUCCACGAGGCAAGUCGUGGUCCAACUACAUAUCAGGAAAAGCACCAUACGUACAUGAUGAAAACACAGUAACCGGUUGGGAAUUGUUUGGACAACAAGCGAUAAGAAAGGGUCAAUACAAGGCAUUGUAUAUUCCUAAGCCGUUUGGCCCUGAAAAGUGGCAAUUGUUCAAUAUUAUUGAAGACCCUGGUGAAACCGAGGAUCUUUCUGAGAAAAAGCCAGAGGUGUUGAAAGAAUUAACCGACCAUUGGGCAGUCUACGCUGCCGAGACUGGGUUGAUUGAAUUGGGCCCCGAUUUUUUCAAGGUGGAGCAAAUACCAGGAGAGAAUAAGCCGGUAGUCUUUAGGACUAUAGACGAUUUUUAA